ACUGAGCGCGAACCCCGCAUACCCCACGAAACAGAAUACCCUUCCAGGGGGGCGACCAGGGUCGCGGGUAACGCAUAAAGGUUACCAUGGGCCCAGGUUACCUGCUCUUGGGGAUGGGUUUCGGGGUCUUGUCCGUCCUGUAUUAUGCACAUCGGCCGCAAAAGAUGACGAAUCUCAAGUUCGACGCGGAAUUUUGGGCCGUUGCUGGCCCCUUCAUCGCAGUCCGACCGCCACGGAGGCCGACCAACGCCUUGGAGCUCCGCAGAAGUGUCAACGUCGGCCUGUCUGCCGUUCUCGGGCACGCCCUGCCAGACGGCAUCGUCGAGACCAGACAUGACGUCCAAUCCUUUGACGGCGAAACGAUCGCGCUGUACGAAUUCGCCCCGGAGGUCAAAGACACCGGCGGAAAGCAGCCGGCACUCAUCUACGUCCACGGGGGCGGCAUCGUAGGCGGAGACAUCGACCCGUACAGCAGGCCGCUCCCCGCGAGGGCGGCCCUGGAGACCGGGCUUCGCGUGUUCGCUGUCGAGUACCGUCUGGCGCCCGAGUUCCCGUACCCGGCGCCCACCGAGGACUGCUAUGCAGCUCUCACAUGGCUGAGCCGGAACGCGGAGACCCUCAACAUCGAUCCUGCGCGUAUCGGAUUCUACGCGCUCAGUGCCGGCGGCGGCAUGGCUGCCGGCGCCGCCAUGAUGGCCCGCGACCGGGGUCUGUCGCCGCCGCUGGCGAAGCAGAUACUCAUCUAUCCGAUGCUCGACGAUAGGACCAGAGCCCUUCCAGGCAACCCACUCUCCCAGUUCCUCACAUGGACAGACCACUCGAACCAGAUCAGCUGGAACGCGUACCUCGGCGAGGGCAAGGCAGGGGGGCCAGAAACGGCCGCGUACGCGGCGCCUGCGCGGGCCGUCGACGUUUCAAACCUGCCGCCAACUUACAUCGAAGUGGGAGGGGUCGACCUCUUCUGUGCUGAGGCGGUUGCAUUUGCCAGUAGGCUUGCCUCGGCGAACGUCCAGAUGGAGCUGCAUGUGUAUCCGGGUCUUCCACACGUCUUCGACUUGUAUGCUCCCAUGAUCAACUUGGCUCAACGAGCAAGGGAGAACCGCAUACGAGCAGCAAAAAGCUUAUAACGGAGACUUGUUGUUAGUCACAGGCUGGAUGAAUAUAACACAGAGAUAUUGGCUACGACUAUGGCAGCACUUGGACCUGCAACCUUUGCACCUUUGCUGUACGAUCACCAAAGUGACAAGAUCCAAACACGCUGCCUUCACACUUGCAGCACUAGCUGUCCUUCCAGGGGCAGCUCCUAGAGAGUGACAUGUUUCAACCCUCUGAGAGCAUGAGAGCGUUGCGAUUUGGUGAGCCUAUAUAGCCUAUACCGCGGUAAGCGGAUUUGACGAAACUUUACACUCCUUUCCAAAAAGUUUCACGGCUAAUUGUUUCAAAUCAAACGCCGCCUGGCCGAUCU